CUCAUGUGACAAAGGAAAGUCAAAAUAGAAACAAAAUGGCUGCAUUUGGAGACGACGCCGCGGCGAUGGAUAGCAUCUCCAGGGCGCCAUCGGCGCAUUCAGCGGCUCUGAACCCGGCUGGCAGCACCAGCAGUCACGGCGACGGCCCGGAGGAUGUGGCCGACAGCCCAGCGCCUGCUCCCAAAAAGACCUCCAUGAACAGUGAUGGUGGGGUGGAGACAGCAGAGGAGGCUGUGGAGCCUGCAGAGCCUGAUAUCAAUGAGUUGUGCUCAGAUAUGUUUGAAAAGAUGGCCAUCUUCCUGCAAGGAGAACUAACAGGAACAUGCGAGGAUUACCGUCUGUUGGAGAACAUGAACAAGCUUACCAGUCUGAAAUACAUGGAAAUGAAGGACAUCAGCAUCAACAUCAGCCGUAACCUGCAGGAUCUCAACAACAAGUAUGCUAGCCUGCAGCCCUACUUGGACCAAAUAAAUCAGAUUGAGGAGCAUGUGUCUUCACUUGAACAGGCUGCUUACAAACUGGACGCUUACUCCAAGAAACUGGAGGCCAGAUUCAAAAAACUGGAGAAGCGGUGAGGGGAAAGAAGAGGCAGACUGAGAGUUAUGGUGCCUUCUCACCUUCUUGAAUGCAGCCUUGCCUUCUCCUCUCCCUGCCAGUGCAGCCAGGAGCUGUGGGGAGGAUGUGAACUGAGACUGAAAUAACAAACAGUCAGAGCCACAUUGACACCUAGAAAUGACAAAGGAGGAAGCAGUUGAUGGCACAUAAUUAGUACUGCAGAGCUAGGCUUAGAUUUACCUCCAGUAUCACUGAUUAUUGGCAGCAGUCAUGCAGCUAAGAUGUACGAGAGUGUAUGGUGUAUACCCACAUUCUUUAGCAGAAACACUUUGUAAAUUAAUAAUUACCAGCAUGUCCUAAUUGAGUGGUGGGAUCAGAACACAGCAGACUGCCAGAAAUGUGUACCAUCGGAGUACAUAACAACACUUAACAAAUAUCUACAUGAUAACUUCUGCUCCAUAGAUGUGUAUUUGAUAAACUCCCAGCCCUUUUAAUCUGAUCAUAGACAGAUAUAUUUCCACCCAGUAAUAUUAGCCUUACAUGUGUAUUGGGAUUAUUUGUUUUUCAACAUUAUAUGUCCGUGCAGUAUGAACAUUACAACAAACUGGUUAACUUAUAGUGUUUGCUACAACAAUAGCUGCUGUGUAGAGAGCAGCUGAAAAUCAACACUAUCUCAACAGACUCUCUCAACAGAGAGAGUUUAAAAUUUGCGGCUGAAAAUGAAAGAUAUUUGAUAUAAAUUAGUUAUAUCUAUCUGUAGAAACUGAAAAUAAAAACUGGAGUUUUUUUGUAAAUAAACCAUGACGUGCAUAAUAAAUCAUUGUAUGAC